CCAGAUCAGAUGCUAGAUUGCAGGGAUGGGGAGGGCAUCGAUUCACAGCCCACGAAGCGCUGCUGUGCAGGGCAGAGGACGGACCAAUUGCAUUGGUGCCACAGCUCCCCGCGCUUUUUCCUCCCGCUGCCCCUCUCAACAUCCAAGCUAUUCCCCCUGCCCCGUACUAAAUGUCUCCCUUCUUCUCUUACACCACUCUCCCCUAUCAACUCACGGAGGGCCCUUAUCCUAUGCGCGAGUUCUCAAAGUAUUUGGUGGAGCUGACUGACGUGGAGACGCUGCCCUUCGCAGACGAAGACGCGUGGGAGUUGCACCGUGCGCUAUACAAGUCCGUGGCGUUGGGGAUGUUCCGAUUCUUCGUGGAUCACGAAGACCACUGUAUCGGGGAGCACUUCGUCGUCUAUUACGUCUUCACGCGGCCCAAGCCAGCGCAGAAGGAGGGGACGGUGGCGUUGUACCCAUUCGCCCAGCUCCAGCCGACCGAUCCGGGAUUGUUGGAGCUCAUACAUCUUGAGCUCCUAUCCAUUGCACAAGUGAUCGCGAGCGAGGAAGAGGAGAUCCAACCACGAUUGCAGACGGCGGCUGCCCUGCGAAGAACGUACAACGUGGUCGUCAUCCCGGAUUACAUUGCGCAGCGCAAGGAGAGGUUGGAGGACUUCCCGGAGGAAAAUUCGUUGCGACCUCCCUCGUCGUAUCCCAGACCGACGCCGCCCAAGGCCCCCAAGAAGACGCCGAAAAGGAAGAGACGCCACCCGUCGCCAGGAGCACAAGGCAGUCGAAUCGGUGGUGGCGAGGAGGUGGUUCAGCCCAUGCGCACGUGGAAUCCCGACCCUGUGCCUGGGAGUGCGGCGACACUGGUCAAAGAGACUGUCGUGCCAUCGCCACCCUUCCCGCGCGUGCCCGAUCUUAAUCUCGAUGGAGCCGGGCCAUCAGCCGCAGCAGCCGGAGGAGGAAGCCGAAUGGGAUUAUCGGAUCCCGUAUCCAGAUCCCCCGUCCUCGCGGGACCUUUCUGCUUCCGCCAGCCACCCUGGAAGGUGGAUUUCAUGGUGGAGCCCACCACCAUUAGGCUUGAGGCCAUUGCGGGGGCGCCGCGCCGUGAUCCGGCGUGGGAGCCAUAUCUGACACCCUCUUUUCAAGGGUGUAUCACAGCGCGACUGGCAGGGACGCUCAUCUAUGAGACCGGGCAGCGUCCCAAUGUGAUGUACCACUUCCUCGUCUUCGCGGCACAGAAGCGGGAGCGGCGGCCCUACACCGAGACUCAUCUGGUGAUGACGGGUCCCGGACCCCGAUCGGUACGCAAACGGGUGGUGCGAGCGGUCGCAGAUCUGGCGCCACGUGUCCUAUCUCAUGUGCCGGGGGCCUUUCUCUAUCCCUCGUUUGUCCAACACCACUUCCACGAGGAGGACGCGCCGACGACUCCCGCGGCCAUGGCCGUUUUCCUUCCCCCUAUUCCGCCCCCUCUCAAUCCCGACAUCGAUCACUUCCUUUAAUCACCCUCGUUUACUUCUCCCUUCUUCUCUCAUUCUCUUUCUCCUCAUCGUCUUCUUCUCCUAUGCCCAAAGUUCGCGCGUCAAGACGCG